AGGCCUUAUUGUGCUGCACGUACAGAUAAACGUUGUUGUAAGGUCUUUUAGAGCAAGGUAAAGAAAACGUUUAAAGUCAUGAAUAUUUUUGAAACCUGUGUUGCCUACGCUGCAUAUAUCGUCCAACUAACCUCAAGUGUACGAUAUUUAUUUAUCCUCAAUGUGGUUAUGAAUGGCAUUCUGGCUUUGACUGCGACUCUUGGGAAUGGACUAAUUUUGGUUGCCAUCUUGAGAUCCCAGAACCUACAAACGCCAUCCUACUUACUGAUAACAAGUUUAUCCUUCGCAGAUCUCCUGGUUGGUUUAGUAUAUCAUCCUUUACAAAUCGUACUAAACGUCUUUUUCCUGCAGAAUAAUGUCCACGGUGUGUGUAAGAUCUUCAAGACGUUUAAUUUUAUCUCCAUUCUUCUUGGAUUACUCUCCUUUAUCAUGGCAGCUUGCAUCAGCAUCGACAGAUACUUGGCGCUUCGUCUAAUGCACAGAUACCGAGUUGUUGUCACUAAGAAAAAGGUUGGCUUCAUGAUUUUAUUGGCUUGGAGUCUUGGAAUCGGCCUGGCAUCUUAUUCAACGCAAACAAACCUGUUUUUGUGUUACGGCACGGUGAUCUUUUCCAUUCUUGUCGUCUUCCUGUUACUGACUUGCUUCUUCUACUUCAAAGCUAUGAGAGCACUUCAACUUUACUCCUUGCAAGUUCAUGCACAACACCCACCCAACUAUGGAUUCGAUGUUCUGAAAUACAAGAAGCUACUCAAGACCAUGUUCUUGAUAUUUGGAUGUCUUCUGUUUUGUUUUCUUCCAAUACUAUGUUCGCAUAUCGCAAGGCUCAAUCUCGAUCUUUCUAGAGAGACAAUCUUGGUGUAUUUCGCAGCGCACGUCACCUUGGCGCUCAAUUCAAGUGUUAACCCCGUCAUUUAUCUAAUAGGAUUUAAAGAAAUACGCCAAGCUUGCAAGAAACUUAUUCUGAAUUACUGAGACUAGAACCCAAUGACGGGUACGUCCGAUCCUUCUCAUCAUGAAGAAUGUGUAUCAUACAAUUACAUAUUGCUCACGAUCUAUACGAAAAACGAAUGGACAGGCAUGUUCUUAUCAUAUAAGACACCGGUCACUAUUUAUCGCCCGGGAGAAGAAUAUCCCUUGAUCCAUCGAUUGCAAGAACAAAAUAUCAAGUCACUCUCCUAUAUAUAUGUUUUUUUUUUUUGUUUGU